AAUCCUUACAAGUACAAAACAAAGAAGCACGGAUCCGCCAUAUAAUUUGUUCUGUUAGGAUCCGACUACAGAAUACAAUAUGGGCAAGAAGCAUAAAAAGCACAAAUCGGAGAAACACACAUAUGAAGAGUACGUGGAGAAGCCACUGAAGCUAGUUUUGAAAGUAGCAGGAAACGAAGUGACUGAACUCUCCACUGGAAGCUCUAGCCACGACAACUUCUACGAAGACAAGGCAGAUUACGAUAAACACAAGGACAAGAAAAAGAAGAAGAAAAAAAAGUGCGAAAAGGAAAGAAACAGUCCCGUGCAAUCGGGAGAUGAGAAGAAAAGGAAAAAGAUGACUAAAAAGAAAAAAGGUCAGGAUUCCGUGGACACAGAUUGGGAUGACAGGGAGCGAAGUCACACUCCUAUUCGGUCAGAUAUGUCCCAGGACAAGCACCUCACUCCAUCCCUGGCCAAGAUGCACGAAAAAGAGCAGACUCCACUGCAGGAGGCUCUGAACCAGCUGAUCAGGCAGCUUCAGAGGAAAGACCCCAACGCUUUCUUUGCCUUUCCCGUUACCGAUUUCAUCGCCCCAGGUUACUCCCUGAUCAUCAAGCGGCCCAUGGACUUCAGCACUAUGAGGGACAAAGUAAAGAAAGAGUAUUACCAGUCGCUGGAGGAGCUGAAGGUAGAUUUUAAGAUCAUGUGUGAGAACGCUAUGAUCUACAAUAAACCCGAGACCAUUUAUUACAAAGCAGCAAAGAAGCUUCUCCACUCUGGCAUGAAAAUCUUGAGUCCGGAGAGGUUGCAGAGCCUGAGACAGAGUAUCGACUUCAUGGCUGAUGUGGAGAGCACCACCAAGAAGCAGGGAGAGGCAGAGAAGGAGGACGGUGCCAACCCAGAACAUUCCGGAGAUACGCCGGUGCCCAUGGACACCAACGAGCCGGUCCAAUCGCCCAGGAGGAUUAGCAAGGACACGCCCAGACAGGACAGGGACUCGAAGGACGAGGCUCUGAAGGCUGCCUCUCAGGCUGAGAAGGAGCUGGAGCAGAUUAAGAAGCUCAUCGAGGACUCGGGAGGGAAACUGUCCAACAGGGACGUUCUCAGUGAGCUGGAAUUUGAUCGGCGGAAGCCUGAUGGAACGACCACCUUGGGCAUCCUGAACACGGCCGACCUGAGCUCAGGAGACUCCGGGUACUGCCCCGUGAAGCUGGGCAUGAUGAUGGGCCGGCUGCAGACCGGCAUCAACACGCUGCAGGGCUUCAAAGAGGACAAGAGGAACAAAGUCACUCCGGUGUCCUACAUUAACUAUGGACCAUUCAGCACCUAUGCUCCGAUUUAUGACUCCAGCUUUGCCAACAUCAGUAAAGAAGAUUCAGACUUGAUCUACUCGUACUAUGGGGAUGAAUCCAGCCUGCAGGCUCCAGAACGGAUCUCAGAAUUCCUCAAAAAGACGGACGAGUACAUGGACACGCUGGCGGACAACAUUCUGGACGCCGUGACCAGCGGGGAGCACUCCAAGAGCCUGAAGGAGACGGAAACGGCUGAGUCCCGGGCCGGCCCGAGCGAAGAGGAGUUGGCGGAGGGAUCAGAGCCGGCGCAGGACGUGGAGAUAAUUCAGCCCGAGUCCAGCAGCAAGACCAGCCUGACCUCCCUCAGCUCUGUGAUCGGGGGUGGAUUGGACCUGGAGCCCCAGACAGAGCUCUCAGAAGAGGCCAAGCAGUUCCAGCAGAAGCUGGACCAGACCACGCUGCUGCUGAGGGAGCUGCAGGAGGUCCAGAACGAGCGCCUGAGCACCAAGCCACCGCCCAACAUCAUCUGCCUGCUGGCCCCCAGCGCCAGGGAGCUGCAGCUGGCUGAAAAGGUGACAGAAAACCUAGCAAACCUGGCCAGUCAGGUGAACCCCGGGGACGUCAGCAGCGUGUACGGAAUCCGGAAGGCCAUGGGGAUUUCCCUACCUGAGGGACUGCUGGAGGAGAGUGCUGUUGACCUUACCACAGUAACAGAAACUGUGGAGCCAGUGGACUUGGACGCCUUGCCUGAGAAUCCAGAGGAAGUUCCGGUCGUAGCAGUCUAAACGCGGCUACAUGGCUGCAGCGGGACUCUAACCACAGAAUCUGCAGAUGUUGUACAGAAGGUGUUUUUUUGAUUUAAGUUUGUAUGUGUUUUCCACAAUAAACCUCUUUUUCUAA